CGAACGUCCAACGUCAAACCAACUUUAUUCCAGUACAUUUGCUGUAUCCUUGGUGGUCAAUAACGAGUAUAGUUUGGUACCUUUAUUUCUGAGAGCUCCUCUCUUCCGCCUCUCCAUUUUUGUCUCCUCUCAGACUGUUAAGAAGCUCCCCAUGUGCGCGCGCUCAGGCAUCUCCACGUCCUGGUCUUGGUGAGGUUGUGUUCCGCUCCGCUCUCGGGAAAUAACUCCGGUGAUCCGGGCCUGUUCACGCGGACAGCGUUACUGAGCUGUUGUGCUUAAGUGUUGCGUUUUUAAACGCAAAACAACAUGGCAGAUCCGAUGACACAGUCCCACCAGAUAUCGUCGUCCCAAGGGCUGAACGAUGGACGCGCCAAAGACUCGAAGUUUUCCGAUUCCUUUUUUUCCUCUUCGCCUGUAUCUCUCAUUCAGUCUCCUCAAGACAAACGGGUGGCACUGGACUCUGAGAAGCCAUCAGAUGGUGUGCCUACCUCACUUCGCUUUUCCUCCCAACCAAGUUCGUUUUCUCCUGCGAAUUAUGGAAAUGAUAACUCCAUUCCCUCAAUUGGAAUCAAGGAUCGUAGUUUCCAAGAGAAAAGGGAACUUUUUGAAUCAUCGCUUGGAUCGCAGAAACAGGACUCUUCCCCUAUAAAGAUAUCUCCUGUGUCUGAGCGAAUCAGAGCAUUGGAAGCUCUGGCUGCAAAGCAGAAUGAUUCUGAUUGGAGUGAUGCAGGGUUUCCUCAUUUCAGAGAACGCCACUACGAAAAGUCUCAUUCUGAGAUACAUGGCAUCACUCUUCGUUCAUCCAUUAAGAAAAAGCCCACAUCAAGUGAACAAGAUUCUCCAGAAUCUCCCUUUGAGAUUCUUGGUGAUGCCAGGCGUGGAAGUGACUUUGAGGAUACUGCUGACUGGAUGAGAGCUCAUUUGCCGCCAGCACCUAACUUCAACAUUGGCGAAUCUGACUUUGAUCAAAUGAAAGAGAGGUCUGUAAUGCCCGAAUGUCCAUCUGAUGAGACAAAGAGCAAAGAUACGGAUGUACAAGGUAUUCCUUCAUCUUUUGUAGGUGUACCUGAUGAAUUCAUGGACAACCCUGAUGAAGUGUCUAAACAAAUGAAUGAUGAUUCUAAUCAGUCAAAGCAAGACACUAUUGAAGAUGAGACAGAAUUCGAUCUCAGAUUUUUACCUACAGCCUACAUGUGGGACAAACAAGAGAAACCUGACAUGGAUACACAAGAACCACCAUUCCAUUUUGAAACUCCGAUAACUGCAUCUGCUGCACCUCCUGAUGGUUUUGAGGCUUCUUCCUUGGAGUCUCCAACUCCUGUUCCCCAGGCUGACCCUAGUGCAAAACAGCAGUCUACCACUCUAGGCGUUGGCUUGGAGGGUGUAGAGAUCCUUGAAGCUGACAGCUCUGGUGAAUCUGAUGAUACAGUUAUUGAAGAUGCAAGUGGUGUCAGUAAUGAUGAUGCUGUUGAGUGUAAAUGUUCUACAGAUGAGCAGACUAUUCCAAGUGUACAAGAGAAACAGAGUAUGCAGGUGCCCAUUAUUAAUGUAAUUGAAACAGAAGAACAAGUUCUCAGUGAUUAUGAAGUGGAGCUUGAAGAAGAGGAAGAUGAUGAGCAGAGAUAUCAGAUAAUGCAGGAACCUGCAACAGAGGCUCCACAAUCAUCUGAAGAGCUUUCUGACAUUUCAAGGUCAGAAUUGGAAGAGACUGUUCCAAAAAUGGAGGACAUUUCCUCACCUGAAAAUAUGACAGAUUCUAAUGGAGAGUAUUCUCCAAAACAUAAGAUAAUCAAAGAUAAUCUUAGCAAUGACACGAUUAACCAGACUUCCCUUCCCUCCAAAAGUCAUAGCUCGGAGGACUCUCAGACACAAUCAAUGGUGCCACAGAAAACAGACGAAAUGUCCAGAGAAGCUUCCUUCGACUAUAUAAAAUCAGACAAAACAUCAGAAAUUGUACCUGACCUCCCACCUAACUAUGAGGAUCUCUCAAAUGACUUUGAGUCCAGUGACAUAGAUACAUACUUGGAUCAUUAUUCUAGUGAGGAACUGGCUUUAAAAGACCAGUUAAGUUCUGGUGUGAUUACUGUAAACAAUGGGGAUACGAACGAGUUACUAAAAUCCAACUCUCUUCAACACAGUCAUAACAAUACUAUGCUUGCUGAAUUUGAUGAGGCUGAUGAUGCAAGUAAGCAGAAUUAUGAUACCGGACCUAAGCCUUUUCCUGCUAUCAUUUCCGCUGAUGUCACUGUGGAGCCUCUGCUUUCUCAAAAUAGCGUGCCAAAUCUUGAAUUAGACGAUCAGAGUUUAGCUAUCGAGGACAAGAUGAUAACCGAUUCAGGGACUUUUUCCUUGACUGAGGAGGAGGAUUACAUGACAAGGCAUGAAGUAGAGUUGCCCUCUUUUCAAGAGAGUACACCUGCUGAAUUUCCCUCUUUUCAUAAUGAUCCAUCAUGCAAAAUCAGUGAUGUGAUCUCUGAUUUUGUAGCCAGUGAUUUAACUGAGGGACUAUUGAUGACCAAUACUGAACAAGAUAAAAUAAUCCAGUAUGAUGAUCCACGUUCACAGAUAUCUCCAGAAGCCACAAUCAUACCUGAGCCCGUUGAAGCAGAAUCUGAACAAAAUAAAAUGGUCCAAAGUGAUAUUCCUGAUAUACAGAUAUCUGAAGAGCCCACAAAAACACCUGAGCCCGUUGAAGAAGAAUCUGAACAAAAUAAAAUGGUCCAAAGUGAUAUUCCUGAUAUACAGAUAUCUGAACAGCCCACAAAAAUACCUGAGCCCGUUGAAGAAGAAUCUGAACAAAAUAAAAUGGUCCAAAGUGAUAUUCCUGAUAUACAGAUAUCUGAAGAGCCUGCAAACAUACCUGAGCUCAUUGAAGCAGAAUCUGAACAAAAUAAAAUGGUCCAACAUGAUACUCCUGAUACACAGAUAUCUGAAGAGCCUGCAAACAUACCUGAGCCCAUUGAAGCAGAAUCUGAACAAAAUAAAAUGGUCCAAAGUGAUACUCCUGAUACAAAGAUACCUGAAGAGCCCACAAACAUACCUGAGCCCAUUGAAGCAGAAGCUGAACAAGAUGAAAUAAUCCAGUGCAAUGCUCCAGAUAUACAGAUAUCCCUAGAGAUCCCAAGCAAACUUGAGUCCACUGAAGCAGAAUCUUCUACAACUGCAACAGAUAGUUUUGUGGAGUUUAUGAGAGAGUGUUUGAAAUCACAGCAGGAUGAGGAGUCCCGGAGCCUUGGUUCAGUACAGACCACCAAGGAACCUAUAUCUGUUGCUCCUUCUCCACCUGCUAUGAUCAUGGACUUGGAGCAAGAGUGCCUUACAAUCUCUGCUUUAAAAGAGCUUGGGAGUAGUCAUGAGGAACAGGAUGACAUCAGUAUUCCUAAAGACAUUCCAAUCUCUGAUAAGGAUCCAGUUUCACAACCUUUAUUUCAGUCUGAGUCUUUAAUUUGCCCAAAUCCCUCUACUCACGGUCUUCCAAAUGAGAACCAGCCAGAUGCCUCGUUAACCAAAGAGAUCGAGGCAAUCGACAUCUGGGUGGCAGAAGCCUACCACCUUGCAGAGCAUGUCUUGGCUCUAAUACUAACCCACCUGACAGUGUAUGACUUGGUGUACUGGCGGGACCCUAAAAAGUCAGGCAUGGUGUUUGGCAUUUCCCUGCUACUGCUGCUGUCUCUGGCAGCGUUCAGCGUGAUCAGUGUCAUCUCCUACCUGCUCCUGGCACUGCUCUGCGUCACCAUCUCCUUCCGUGUCUACAAGACCGUCAUCCAGGCCGUGCAGAAGUCCAACGACGGACACCCCUUCAAGGAACUGAUGGAGAAGGAUGUCAGCUUGUCUCCUGAGACCUUCCGCAAGCACGUGGAUGUGUGUUUGACCUACAUCAACUGUGCACUCAAGCAACUGAGCCGCCUCUUCCUGGUCGAAGACUUGGUAGAUUCCCUCAAGCUGGCUGUGGUCAUGUGGUUGAUGACUUAUGUGGGUGCCGUCUUCAAUGGCAUCACCAUCCUCAUUCUUGUGGACAUCCUUGCCUUCACUUUACCACCAUUGUAUGAGAAAUACAAGACCCAGAUUGAUCGCUACGUCAAUAUUGCACGCACUCAGGUUAAUACUGCAGUGGCCAAGAUUCAGGAGAAGCUCCCCAAAGCAGCGAAGCGCAGUAAAGCAGAAUGAUGCACCUCUCUCAUCCUUCCAUGACCAACUCCAGAAUCCCUGUAUCUCUAGCUACCCCCCCCCCCCCCCCAACCCCCCUGGUUUAACCUCUCAUUAUAAACCUCUUACCAGCCAGGUGCACUGUACCAGCUAGUCUCUUAAAAUCUUUGAAGCUUCUCAAUAUUCUUCAAUGUUAACUUCUGAAGCUUAAUUACAAGCAUAAGGGAAGAAGAUGCUUGGUGAAGACGCGUAACUGAAGCUGGUGACUCAAAUGCAGGAAAUGAUGUAAUUCCACAACUGAAUGUCCAUGUGUGGCACCCAACGUUGGGCAGGGUGUGUGUACUAGAUUGAAUCUGUGACCUGGUUUUGGAGUGUCCUAAGAGUUUGUGAAAUAAAGACAAGGGUUUGACUUGGAAACAAAUGUCUGUACUUAAAAAUAACAUUUAAAAAAAAUGUUUCAGGAUGAAAAUGGACAGAUGUUUGCAUAGGCUUUCUCCCUAAAGACACCUACUAAUUUAUUAUGAAUCUGUGGCACACUGUUACAAGACUCGCACGUACAGACCAAUUAGAGUAUGGACACUACAGCAGCUGGGACGAUUCGCUCUAGUUCGCUUUCCUGUACCGUUCUGGCGUUUCAUUUUUAAUUAUGUAUGUGUAUAUAUAUAUAGUACGAUUACAACACGCUCUUUGCUGUGAA